AUGAAGCGAUUUCUACUCGAGGAUUCUAAAACAAGUGGUCGUUAUCGAAUCCUCAAGCUAGAAGAAGAAGAAGAAGAAGCUAAGAGGAAAAUGCAGAACUUAGCUCAAUUUGGUACAAAAUACAGAACUUUUUCCAUUGGGAUUUUGAUAAUACCUUCAAAAGGAACCAAACCAUAUCAUAUGGCGGGAAGUUGGGAUGGAAGCCAAUCAGAGAACAGCUCUAGUUUCGAGCCGGGGAUCGAUAAUAUAUAUGAAGCGUUUAUCUGUCCAUUGACAAAACAAGUUAUGCAAAAUCCAGUCACUUUGGAGAAUGGUCAGACUUUCGAGCGCGAAGCAAUUGAGAAAUGGUUCAAGGAAUGUAGCCAAAACGGUCGACCUCUGUCCUGUCCCGUGACUUCUCAGGAGCUGAGUAUCACUGAUCUAAGCCCGAGUAUAGCUUUAUGUAAUGCGAUCGAAGAGUGGAGAUCCAGGAAUGAUUGUUUGAAGCUUGAUAUUGCUCGACAGUCGCUGUAUCUGGGAAACUCCGAGACCAAUGUCUUGCUGGCUAUGAAGAAUGUCCGAGAGAUUUGCAGGAACAUACGUUUGGCUAAGAACCGUGUCCGCAGCCCUCAGCUUGUUCGGUCGAUUUCGGACUUGCUAAAAAGUAGUAGCCAUGAAGUGCGGUAUAAGGCCUUACAAACUCUUCAGGUCGUCGUUGAGGGAGAUGAUGAGAGCAAGACUAAUAUUUCAAAUGUGUUUCAGGUCAUCGUAGCUGAAGGAGACACUGUGCGUACUAUAGUUAAGUUCUUGUCCCAAGAGCCACCAAAGGGAAGGGAGGCAGCUGUUUCCUUGUUGUUUGAGCUCUCUAAAUCAGAGGCCUUGUGCGAGAAGAUUGGAUCGAUUCGUGGAGCAAUCAUCUUGUUGGUUGGCCUGACAAGCAGCAAAUCAGAGAAUGUUUCAACCGUUGAGAAAGCUGAUCGAACUUUGACAAACUUGGGGAGAUCAGAGGAAAAUGUUCGACAGAUGGCUACAAACGGUAGACUGCAGCCUCUUCUGUCUAAACUUCUUGAAGGUUCGCCUGAAACAAAACUCUCCAUGGCUUCUUAUCUUGGUGAGCUUGCCUUAAAUAACGAUGUGAAACUCACUGUGGCUCAGACUGUGGGUUCCUCUCUUAUCGAACUUAUGAGAAGCCGCGACAUGCGCCAACGGCAAGCUGCUUUGGGAGCUCUCAACAGAGUCUCAUCUUUUGAAGGGAGCGCCAAAGUCUUAAUCGGCACAGGGAUUCUCCCACCGCUUAUCAAAGACCUGUUCUAUGUUGGCCCAAACCAGCUUCCGAUUCGGCUGAAAGAAGUCGCCGCCACUAUUCUUGCCAACAUAGUGAACAUUGGCUACGACUUUGACAAAGUCCUUGUUGGAGCUCAUCACCAGACUCUUGUUUCAGAGGACGUUGUGGAAAACCUACUCCAACUGAUUAGCAACACGGGUCCAGAGAUCCAGGGGAAGCUGCUGGAGGUUCUUGUUGGGCUCACCAGCUGCCCGAACUCGGUUAUAAAUGUUGUUUCCGCCAUCAGAAACUCAGGUGCCAUCAUUAGCUUGGUUCAGUUCGUUGAGGUUAAUGAGAACGAUGAUUUGCGUUUGGCCUCUAUCAAGCUCCUUCACAACAUUUCACCACACAUGAGCGAGGAACUAGCCAAGGCGUUGCGUGGCACUGUUGGACAGCUAGGGAACCUUAUCGCGAUCAUAUCGGAGAAUACAACAACAAUCACGGAGGAGCAAGCUGCAGCUGCUGGACUUUUAGCUGAACUUCCUGAGAGAGAUUGGGGUCUGACACAGAGAUUGUUAAGAGAAGGUGCUUUCGAGAAAAUCAUGUCCAAGAUAAAUGUUAUUCGCCAAGGAGAAAUCAGGGGGAAACGGUUUGAGAGAACUUUUCUCGAAGGACUUGUUAGUAUUCUCGCUCGGAUCACAUUCGCGCUCACAAAGGACACUCAAGCCGUUUCGUUCUGCCGUGAGAACAACCUCGCGUCGGUUUUCCUCGAUCUUCUUCAGUCCAACAGUCAGGAUAACAUCCAGAUGGCUUCUGCAAUAGCUUUGGAGAAUCUUUCACUUGAAUCCAAGAAUCUUACAAAGAUACCCGAACUGCCUCCUCCGAGCUACUGUGUGUCGAUCUUUUCAUGUCUGAGCAAACCGCCUGUUGUUCUAGGGCUGUGCAAGAUCCAUCAGGGGAUAUGUUCAUUGAGAGACAGCUUUUGUCUUGUUGAAGGACAAGCCGUGGAUAAAUUGGUUGAUCUCUUGGACCAUGAAAACGAGAAGGUGGUUGGGCCAGCACUCGCUGCUCUUUCAACGUUGUUGGAAGACGGUUUGGAAGUAGAAAAAGCGGUGAGGUUGAUUGAUGAAGUGGACGGGAUAACGCCUAUAUUAAACGUUCUGCUGGAGAAUCGGACAGAGAAUCUAAGGAUAAGAGCCGUGUGGAUGGUCGAGAGGAUCUUGCGCAUUGAGGAGAUAGCAAGAGAAGUUGCAGAAGAGCAGAACGUGACUGCAGCACUUGUGGACGCCUUUCAAAACGCAGAUUUUAGGACACGGCAGAUCGCUGAGAACGCCUUGAGGCACAUUGAUAAGAUCCCAAACUUCUCUGGUAUAUUCACCAACAUUGGUUAA